UAUCAUGGUCGUCGUCAAUCAGGUCAAUCUUAAAAGCAUAAAGUCCUCCUUCCAAUCAAAAGCUUACCUCUCUGGUUUCAUCUUGAUAACGUGAAACCUGAUCUACAAGGUGCUAAUAAUGUAACCCACCUGAGUUUCAAAAAUUUUCCCUCCCUUUUCCCUUUCCCUCGUAGGCAGGUUCUUUCUUUUUCAGUUCUCAGUUCUCACUCGCUGCUUGCUCUCCCCUGCUAGUGCUAAUGAAGGAGAAGAAGUAGCCGUGUGUCUGUGUGUAAACUGUAAAACCUCAACAAAUAUAAAUUCUAACGUCCCAAUCCCGUGGACCCGUGAAGCAGACUAGCAGAGGGAAUUAACCACCUUAUUUUAAAUUUUAAAUUUUAAAAUUUUUAAAUUUCAAGGGUUUUGGUCGAGUUCACUCGUCUCUGUCUGCUACUGCUUCGGUGCUUAUUUCUCUGUUUUCCCGUCUUCCUUCCCAUAUGGGUUGCGUCUCUUCCACUUUGCUCGAUCACGACGACGAAUUCUCCCAUCUCGCCGGCUCUGGACUCGGUCACCAUAUCGUUUCUCUCACCUCCACCACCUAUGGUCUCCUCACCCUCGACCCUCCCCCUCACGCCGAUCACCACCUCCUCCCUCCAACCCCACCUCGCUUCACCCUCGGUUCCCUCUUCCCAAGCCCUCUCCCCGAACUUAGGUCCCUCCGCUCCGAACCUGAAGUCAUCAACUCCUGGGAACUCAUGGCUGGUCUCGAUACCGAUAGCUUUCGCUUCUCCCCCACCCCACCCACCAAACCCUCCCCUCCCUCUCCUCUCCACACCAUUUCAGAGAUUGAUUCACGCCUCUCCAGACCUCCCAAACUCUCCACCGUCAAAGACUAUACCAAUGCCGAUGCCAACAACAAAGAAAACUCAAACCCAAAUCGGUCAGUCACCUUCGGAAUCCUCUCCGGUCAUGCUGUCAAUGUACUCAAGCCGGUAAACAACAACGCCGGCACACCACCUUCUGUCAAAAACUUGCUCGAUGGGUUCGAGAAGCGAUGCCCGCCAAAUGGGGAAAGCAAGGUAGUGAUUUAUACCACCACCUUAAGAGGUGUGCGGAAGACAUUCGAAGCUUGUAACGCCGUAAGAGCAGCCCUAGAAGGGUUCGGGGUUUUGAUUACCGAAAGAGAUGUUUCUAUGGAUCGUGGGUUCAGGGAUGAGCUGAGGGAGUUGCUGAAAGGGAAAGAAAGUGGGGCAAUUGUUCCCCCUAGGGUUUUUGUAAACGGAAGGUACAUUGGAGGAGCCGAAGAGGUUUUGAGAUUACACGAAGAGGGGUGUUUAGCCCAACUUCUAGAAGGGCUUCCCAAGGCAACAGUUGGGGCUGUCUGUGAAGGUUGUGGAGGUGUGAGGUUCUUGCCCUGCUUUCAGUGCAGUGGGAGCUGUAAGCUUGUGAUGGUAGUGGAGGAACAAUCGCAACACCAACCUCCAGGUAGCGAAGUGGUCGUGAGGUGCCCUGAUUGCAACGAAAAUGGGUUGGUGCUUUGUCCCAUUUGCAGCUAAUCGUUGAACAAUUUUAAUCUUGUAGAAUGACAGAACAAUGGAGUGAAAAUUGGAAGUUGGUGCAGGCUGACAGAUAGUAGGUGGUAUUUUUAUGAAUGAUUUCGACUUCGAAGAUGUCAGGGAUAGAAGGUUUUGGAUGUUUAAUGGCCGGCCUCUCUGUUGAGGAAAUGGUGUUUGGAUGUCUGGAAUGUCUUGCGAUGCUCCAUUGCACAUUUCUGAUGAGAUGGAUUUUGUCCCUCAAAUUCCAAUAUCUGAUAUACUACUGCUGUUAUUAGGUUAUCUUGAAAACAUUUACAGAUUCACAUACAUGGUGGUUCUGAUAAGCCUGUACAACAAGGCCCAAUUAAGCUGAAAGAACGGAUGAAUCAUUUACGGAUUCGUUAGUGACAAAGUAUAAUAACGUAUUUGGACAGCCAAAACAGUUGAAACGAAGGUUUAAUGGUUGGUUGCUUCAAGGUAUCACUUCAGUAAGUUUUUCUUGUUUUGAACCACCCAUUUCCUGUCUGCUGCAUUUACUGAAGAAGUGAAGAUGUUAAGAAUGAAGGAAAGACAUUGUUUAUGAGAAACUACUUGUUUGUUGAUUUGAAAUGCGUUAGAUUACAUAUUUAGGGUC